AGAAGCUGCCGUGAGUAAGUCAGAGGAAGGAGGAUCUAGAGGGAGGAGGUUUCAGUUGCAGCCAUGCUGAAUCACUGUUGCUGAUCUGAUCCCCCGCUGGUGGACUGGGAGAACCCGGAGAAGCGAGAAGACUUGGGGAACAGGGUUAGGAUUCCCAGGCGCAUGCAGAGUUUAGCGGCUACCGCCCCGGCUGGGCCUCGCACAAUGGAGAGUGAAAGUGCCAAGCUGAGCUCCCAGCCCCCAAUGCAGGCUGGGGAUGAUGAGAAGAACCAGAGGAUGAUCACUAUCAACCCGGCCCACAUGGGGAAGGCGUUCAAGGUUAUGAAUGAACUGCGGAGUAAGCAGCUGUUGUGUGACGUGAUGAUUGUAGCAGAAGAUGUCGAGAUUGAAGCCCACCGUGUGGUCCUGGCAGCCUGCAGCCCCUACUUCUGUGCAAUGUUCACAGGUGACAUGUCUGAGAGUAAAGCCAAGAAGAUUGAAAUCAAGGAUGUGGAUGGGCAGACGCUGAGUAAGCUGAUUGACUAUAUCUAUACUGCUGAAAUUGAGGUGACUGAAGAGAAUGUCCAGGUGCUGCUCCCAGCAGCCAGCUUGCUGCAGCUCAUGGAUGUUCGACAGAACUGCUGUGACUUCCUGCAAUCGCAGUUGCAUCCCACCAACUGCUUGGGCAUCCGGGCGUUUGCAGACGUGCACACCUGCUCUGACCUUCUGCAGCAGGCCAAUGCCUAUGCAGAGCAGCACUUUCCAGAGGUGAUGCUGGGGGAAGAAUUUCUUAGCCUGAGCCUGGACCAAGUGUGCAGCUUGAUAUCCAGUGACAAGCUAACUGUUUCUUCAGAAGAGAAGGUGUUUGAAGCUGUGAUUUCCUGGAUCAAUUAUGAGAAAGAAACCCGUUUAGAGCACAUGGCAAAGCUGAUGGAACACGUUCGUCUCCCUCUCUUACCUAGGGAUUACCUGGUCCAGACGGUUGAAGAAGAAGCUUUGAUAAAGAAUAACAACACCUGUAAGGACUUCCUCAUCGAGGCCAUGAAAUACCAUCUGCUCCCUCUGGAUCAGAGGCUUUUGAUUAAGAACCCAAGGACCAAGCCCAGGACCCCAGUCAGCCUGCCCAAGGUCAUGAUUGUGGUCGGCGGCCAGGCGCCCAAGGCAAUCCGCAGUGUGGAGUGCUAUGAUUUCGAGGAGGACCGGUGGGAUCAGAUUGCUGAGCUUCCUUCCAGGAGAUGCCGAGCAGGUGUGGUGUUCAUGGCUGGCCAUGUGUAUGCGGUGGGCGGGUUUAAUGGCUCACUGCGCGUUCGGACUGUAGAUGUGUAUGACGGUGUGAAGGACCAGUGGACGUCCAUUGCCAGUAUGCAGGAGCGCCGGAGCACGCUGGGUGCAGCAGUGCUCAACGAUCUGCUGUAUGCAGUGGGAGGAUUUGAUGGCAGUACAGGCCUAGCAUCGGUGGAAGCCUACAGCUACAAGACCAACGAGUGGUUCUUUGUGGCCCCGAUGAACACGCGGCGGAGCAGUGUGGGUGUGGGCGUUGUGGAGGGGAAGCUAUAUGCUGUUGGAGGUUAUGACGGGGCUUCCCGCCAGUGCCUGAGCACCGUGGAGCAGUACAACCCAGCGACCAAUGAGUGGACAUAUGUGGCUGACAUGAGCACCCGCCGCAGUGGCGCAGGGGUUGGAGUGCUCAGCGGACAGCUAUAUGCCACAGGUGGGCAUGAUGGGCCCCUGGUGAGGAAGAGCGUUGAGGUUUACGAUCCUGGAACAAACAACUGGAAGCAGGUGGCAGACAUGAACAUGUGUCGGCGCAAUGCAGGGGUCUGUGCAGUGAAUGGGCUCCUGUAUGUGGUUGGAGGUGAUGAUGGAUCCUGCAACUUGGCUUCAGUGGAGUACUACAAUCCCAUCACGGACAAGUGGACACUGCUGCCAACCAACAUGAGUACAGGGCGGAGCUACGCAGGUGUUGCUGUGAUUCACAAGCCCUUGUGA